UGACCAGCAGUCGACGUGUGCAGAAGUCCUUAUAGUCCAGGCCCAGUUCCUCAGUAGCAGCUCAGUCCUGCAAGAGAAGAGUAACCCAGCGCUUUCCAGGACUCUUGUCUUUGGGGCGCGACAUAAAUCGAGGUGCAAGAAGAGAGGCGAAUCUUCAGAUACCUACAGGGUUAAUUUAUUCAAAAAAAAAUACUCAACAUGCAAAAGUCUUGUGACGAGAGUGAAGGAACACCCCAGAAUACACCAAAGGCAGAUGAAGGCCAUCCUUCAGAAGACUCACCUCAGCAGGCAAGAGGAAAUCUUCAGGCUUCUGGAGAAAGUGUGGGGGAGGAUGCAGAUGGAAGUCUUAGAGCAGAGCCUGCUCAACCCAGCCCUGAACCUAAAGAGGACACUCCCACAAGGCAUCUGAACCCUGAAGAAGUGAUGAGAGGAGUGGAUGAGUUGGAAAGGCUUAGGGAAGAGAUAAGAAGAGUAAGAAACAAGUUUGUGAUGAUGCAUUGGAAACAAAGACAUUCCCGAAGCCGUCCGUAUCCUGUGUGCUUCAGGCCUUGAAAUCUUUUUUUCUCUGAUGUUGAAAUCUGGCUGCUGCUUUCUUUCUCUUAGCGUUUUCUGAUGUAUCUUUGAACUUCAUUUUACUUUUAAUUACCUGGCGGUAUUUUAGAUAGUUUCGGUGUUACCAGCAUCUCAUUGGAUUUUUGGAUUUUGACCCAUUUUCCACGUUUAUUUUUCAGUUGGAAAGUUUCACCCUUAUGCAUGGAAAUGUGUUCAUUCCAUAUUAUACAAUUUAAAAGCAGCAUAUUUAGUACCAACUCGCAUAUAUAGGAAAAUUCCUAAUUAUGUGUGUACAUGUAUAAUUAUAUGUAUCAAAAAACUUAACAGUGCUUUUUUGUGUGGUGUGUUUUAAUUUUGCCUUUUGCUUGUGUGUAUUUUUUAAUGAAUAUGUGUCUCACAAAGAACUGCAGAUUUUUUAAUAGUGGGAGUUAAUUAAAAUUAAUUUGUAACCAGCUUGUAGAAGCAAUAAAGGCACUAAACUCUUGAUGAAGAACUAUUAAAAAGAAAUGUAAACCUGGAAUUACCUCUGGAUUUCUUAGCCAGAGGAAUAAAACUGGCAAUCA